UGGAUAAAGGAGCCAGUGGCGUAAAGGAUUCAGACGAGCACUUGAGCUUUUCCAAUCUCUCGCUAGAUGAAAGAAGACAAGAUGCUUUGUGCACAAUAUGUUUCGAAGUGGGGGAAAAUGAAAAGGCUGUUAUGGUUUGCAAAGAACCCAACUGCGGAGAAAAAUUAUGUGAAGGGUGCAGUAAAAGACAUCAGAAACAAAAAGUCACAAAGGAUCAUAGCAUCAUUAAACUUGUGGAAGAUGUGUCGGUUGAUGAAGUUUUCUUCUGCGAGCUUUGCACAGAUGAAGCCAUCCCUGGCUUUGGAUACUGCAUUGAAUGUAUAGAUCCAGAAAUACUUUGUUAUAAAUGUUGCAAACGACAUACUGAAUCUAGGAGAUUUCAUUACCACCAUAUAUCCCAGGACCCCCAAUUGCUACAAAAGAUGCGUUUAGACGAGUGCUUCAAAACUGAAAAAGAUUUAAUGGAAAAUCUACAAUUGAAGUCUUGCAAGGAAAAUGUUACCCAAGAGAAGAUUGACAUAGCAUCUGAUCAACCCUGUGAACCUUGCCAGUUUGAAGGUACACACGUGCCCGCUACUCAGUUUUGUCUUGAUUGUCAAGAUCCAGAGCCAUUUUGUUAUCCGUGUGGACAACAACAUGUACGACAAAAGGCUGGAAGAGGUCAUAGACUGUCACAGAGCAUGCAAUUUUUUAAGUCGAAGCAAGAAGCAAUGCCGGCCACACUUAAUCAAACGCAUGAUUAACAAGUUGUACAAUAUUGAAUGAAGAUACUGUUAUAUGCGUGGGGGUUGGACUUUAGAAUAUUGCAUAUUAAUCACCGUGAGGC